GCUAACGAGCGCGAAGCCAAGGCAAAAUGACUCCCGACGAAUCCCUACCAUCACAGCUAAAGCUAAAAGGUGCCCAGACGCAUGUGAGAUGCCGUUCAGUUAGCUGAACCAGUACGCCGCCGUAUUAUCUUCAGUCAAAUUUUAGUUCAGCUGUCGGAGAGACGACGAAAUGACCCAUCUGAGUGUCCGUCACUGGACUCCCAAACAUGUUGCCUCGUGGCUGAAGGAAGAGGGCUUCUACGAGUAUGUGGACUUGCUGUGCAACAAGCACCGACUGGACGGCACCAGCCUGCUCGCCCUCAGCGAAUAUGACCUCCGCUCGCAACCUCUGGAGCUCAAGGUGCUGGGGGACAUCAAGCGUCUGAUGGUGUCUAUCCGUAAACUUCAGAAGCAGAAUGUGGACGUGUUGGAGGAGCUGGGUCUUCCCUUUGAGGGCCACUCUCCCUCAGGCUCUGGAGGCAGUUUGGACUGGCUGUGUAAUGGUGACCAGGGCAGAGACUGUGAUAGCACUGACACAGCACCAGUGGGAGAGGAGUAUCACCAGUAUACAAAUGGAAAGUACAAGCAGCAGACCAGGCGCCUGGAUCCAGAGUACUGGAAAACCGUGCUUAGUGCCAUCUAUGUGAUGAUUGUGUUUGGGUUCACAUCCUUUGUCAUGGUCAUAGUACAUGAGAGGGUGCCUGACAUGCGCACAUACCCUCCGCUGCCUGAUAUUUUCCUAGACAGCGUGCCUAGAAUACCCUGGGCCUUUGCCAUGGGUGAGGCAUGUGGAGUGAUUCUCUGUAACAUCUGGCUGCUUGUUCUGCUGCUGCAUAAACACAGAUCCAUCCUGUUGCGGAGGAUGUGCAGCCUCAUGGGGACGGUGUUCAUGUUGCGCUGCAUCACCAUGUUUGUCACCUCCCUGUCAGUGCCAGGGCAGCACCUGCAGUGCUCAGGAAAGAUAUACGGUGACAUAUGGGCCAAACUGCAGCGAGCUGUAGCCAUCUGGAGCGGUUUCGGGAUGACCCUGACAGGAGUGCAUACAUGUGGUGAUUACAUGUUCAGUGGUCACACUGUGGUCCUCACCAUGCUUAACUUCUUUGUCACGGAGUACACACCACGAAGCUGGAACUUCAUUCACACACUGUCCUGGGUCCUCAAUCUUUUCGGCAUCUUUUUCAUCCUGGCUGCCCAUGAACACUACUCCAUCGACGUGUUCAUCGCCUUCUAUAUCACGACCAGACUCUUCCUAUACUAUCACACUCUAGCAAACACUCGGGCCUACCAGCAGAGUCGACGAGCUCGCAUCUGGUUUCCCAUGUUCUCCUUCUUUGAGAGCAACGUGAACGGACCCGUCCCCAACGAGUACUGCUGGCCCCUGGCUUGGCCUGUUGUGAUGAGGAGGCUUAUCGGUUAGAGACCAAGCGCUACAGCUGGACUGUCACAAACCUAACCUGUGCUGCUUAGUGAAGUUGCCAACAGCGGCCAAUCCUGUCAGCACUGUGGCCUGAUGGGAUACACCGCCAUUACCUUCUUAUAAUCUGGGACUUAUCUUCUAACCUAUUUCACUUGUCGCCAUUUUUAGGAAGAUUAAACAGAAUCCAUAAAACUGAUUUAAAAACUGAGCCGUGGAGAUACAGAUCAUGUCACUGAUUUUUUUUUUCAUAAAAGUUUGCCGUAUACGGCAUUAAUCUUUUUUUUUUGGGGUACAUCCCAAUUUAAAAUGUUAUUAUUAGGAUAGCAUAUACAUAACAGGAAGGUACAAAUAAAUGUUCUCAGGCAGCAGUGUACCGAAUGCUUUCCAGCAAUGUAUUUCCUCUGCAAUUAAAGUAUCUUCAAGGGUUCAAGGUUUGGAUCUGAUUAUUACUUUGUAAUUGAUCAAACUAUAGUUAUGUGGACCACUCUCAAAGCAAUAUGUAUAAGAGCUACAGUAUCUUACACUGAUGUUUGUAUGUAUAGUAUUUUGUUCCAUCCUGUUGAGCAGCAGAUGUUUUGAAUUCCAUUUGCAUUCUUGGAUGCCAUACUUGUGUUUUGACAAUGACAGAAAUCCACAGCUCAUCACAAAGUAAACUUGCAUUGACCCGGGUUUUAUUGUUUAUGGAGUGUUUCUCUUUAAUUGACCCACACAAAAUGCAUUCAAGAAAUGUAUUUAUUGGCCAAAAACUAUGGAAUAUUUUUUUUCCAGCUGUCUUAAAUAUUUUAUUUGCCAACUACUGUGACUAUGAUAGUUUUCUGUGUAUGUUUACUGUUUGGUAGUUGUAUUGUGGUUUUUUAAUUAACUGUACAUGGUGAAUGACAAGACCCAAGUAUCUAAUUGGAUCUUUUUCAAAUAUUGAUCCUUUGACAUGAAUCUAAAGUAAUGGUUCCAAUAAAGGAACUUUAUUUGUAGGUAUUUGUUAACAUUAAUUUAUUUAAUUUUGUAAAAUUUGUUGAUAGGUAUUUUUAUAUUUCAUGAACAGUUAUAGCAACAUGCUCAUGGAGAAAUGUUUACAGUUGCUCUUAAUGAUGUAUUUGUUUUAAACACAAUGUGCUAUUGAAGUCGAUUGUUGAUUUCAGGUGGACCUUGACAUUUCAUUAAUUGAACUUUUGACAUGGCAGUAAGUUGUUGUCAUUUUGUCAUUAGAGCAUGUUAAGAUCACAAGUAUUCUGAAUAAAGCUGACAAUUAUUUGAGCUGUGAUACUCUUAUGUUUGUAUGCUCAUGCAAACCUUAUAUCACAUUUUAUGUCUCAUCUAGUCAUGAACAUCAUUAAAGUGCUGAAAUCAUA